ACUUUACAUGUGGUGAAUUUGCGAACUCCCCCGAAGCUCAACUUGCAGAGUUGGAGCGUCAAGAUUAAUAACUGAAGGAUGCGUCAUUCUGAAGUAACGCAGCACAUUAUCAAAUAUCACCAACUGUAAAACCAUUUUUCAACAUUUAAAUUAUGGGAUGGCAAGAAAUUUGCUGUUCAAACAAGAUUUCGAAACAUUUUGUUUCACAAAUUCAUCACCCUUUGCUAAGUUAUUGGAUUGGUGCAUCAAAUCGAACUCGGUGGACCAUGGCCGUUGUGUUCAUGCCCGUAUUCUCCAAUCCCAGUUUGCGUCCGAGAUUUUUAUCCAGAAUAGGCUGGUGGAUAUGUAUGGCAAAUGUGGGUUUGUUGAGGAUGCACGUAAAGUGUUUGAUAAAAUGCAUCACAGAAAUAUUUUCACUUACAACUCAUUAUUAAGUGCUUUGACGAGAUGGGGUUUUCUCGACGAAGCUGCUGAUGUCUUUUUGGGUAUUCCUGAGCGUGAUCAGUGCUCUUGGAAUUCUAUGGUUUCUGGGUUUGCUCAGCAUGAUCGGUUUGAAGAGGCAGUCGAAUAUUUCGCGGGGAUGCAUAGAGAGGGUUUUGUGCUGAAUCAGUAUUCAUUUGGCAGUGUUGUCAGUGCUUGUGCCGGGUUAGUAGAUUUGGAGAUGGGGGCUCAAGUUCAUGGCUUGAUGUUAAAGUCCCCAUUUUUUAAGGAUGUGUAUAUGGGGUCUGCUCUUGUUGAUAUGUAUGCUAAAUGUGGUGCAGUGGAAUGUGCUCGGAUGGUUUUUGAUGGGAUGGUUGAAAGGAACCGAGUGACAUGGAAUAGUUUGAUUACAUGUUAUGAACAAAAUGGUCCUGUGGGCGAAGCUGUUGAGGUGUUUGCAAAUAUGAUGGAUAAUGGGGUGGACACGGAUGAAGUUACACUGGCUAGUGUUGUUAGUGCUUGUGCAACGUUAACGUUAGUUAGAGAAGGUAUGCAAAUUCAUGCUUCGGUUGUGAAAAAGGAUAAGUACAGGAAUGACCUAAUCUUAAGUAAUGCAUUGGUUGAUAUGUAUGCAAAAUGUGGUAGAAUUAAUGAAGCCAGAUUCAUCUUUCAAAAUAUGCCAUCAAGAAAUGUGAUUUCUGAGACAACUAUGGUCAGUGGUUAUGCGAAAUCAGCUAGUGUGGAGACUGCCAACAUUUUGUUUAUGAAUAUGAUGGAUAAAAACAUUGUAUCCUGGAAUGCACUUAUGGCAGGUUACGCACAAAAUGGAGAAAAUGAAAAGGCAUUAAGCUUGUUUAGGCUGUUAAAGAGGGAGUCUGUUUUUCCCACUCAUUAUACUUUUGGGAAUCUCCUCAAUGCUUGUGCAAAUCUUGCAGAUCUGCAUCUUGGCAUGCAGGCUCAUGUACAUUUGUUGAAACAUGGAUUUGUCUUUCGCUCUAGACCAGAAAGUGACAUAUUUGUGGGGAAUGCCCUAAUAGACUUGUACAUGAAAUGUGGGUCAGUUGAAGAUGCAUUGAGGGUCUUCAAGUAUAUGGUGGAAAGAGAUAAUGUUUCAUGGAAUUCAAUCAUUGUAGGUUAUGCUCAGAACGGACAUGAAAUUAAAGCUCUUGAGAUGUUCAAGAGGAUGAUAAUAUCUGGGGAGGUACCUGAUCACAUAACAAUGAUCGGAGUUCUGUGUGCUUGUAGUCAUGCUGGUCUGGUGGAAGAGGGUCGCCAUUAUUUCCACUGGAUGUUCAAGUUGAAUGGUUUAGAACCAUGGAAGGACCACUAUACAUGUAUGGUUGAUCUACUUGGUCGAGCUGGUUGCUUCGAUGAAGCAAAAAAUUUAAUCGAGACUAUGCCAAUGCAGCCUGAUAACGUUGUCUGGGCUUCUCUGCUUUCUGCUUGCAAGGUUCAUUGCAAUGUUGACAUGGGGAAGUACGUGGCAGAGAAGCUAUUGGAAAUUGAUCCUACUAAUUCUGGUCCUUAUGUUCUUCUCUCAAACAUGUAUGCAGAACUUGGACAAUGGACAGAUGUUACUAGGGUUAGGAAGCUUAUGAUGCAGAAGGGAGUUAUUAAGCAGCCUGGCUGUAGCUGGAUUGAGAUACAGAGCCAUGUACAUGUGUUUAUGGUGAAAGACAAAAGCCACCUGCAGAAAAAAGAGAUUUACUUUGUGUUGAAAAAUCUUACAAAUCAUAUCAAACUAGCGGGAUAUGUCCCUGACUUUAAUGAUUCAGAGAUUGAUGAGGAAGAUAUCCGUAUCAUUCAAUGGAAAUAUAACUAGUGGCUGGCUUUGGGUGAGCCUCUUGUAAUUUGCUUCCAUUGCUAACAAUUUUGUAGCUUGUGGUUAAGUAAUUUGAUGCAUCUCUAUGCUGGAAACUAAAUAAUCUGAUUACUACAUUUGUGGGUGUCGAAUGUUCAGCAUAAGGCGCGGUUAUCUUUUGAAGUCUGAACCACGGUAAUCAAUUGCAAACUCUACAACGUUGCAAUGAGGUAGGAGUUCGAGACCCAUCUGUCCGAGUUUAGACCCAAGCUGGUCAACUGUGCCAUGGUGCAGAACUGUCCCAUUUGCUAAUAAGAGGAUGGAAUUAAAGAGCUUCACAAUGCGAAAACCAGGUUGAUGGAUACUCAAAAUGAUGGUUCGACCCCUUGUUUCCGCCAUAUUUUUCAACAUGUCAAUGAUCUGCAAUGCUGAGGUACUGUCUAACCCUGAUGUGGGUUCAUCCAGGAUUAGCACUUUUGGGUCAUGGAUCACAUCAACACCAAUAGAGACUCUCCUUCGUUCCCCACCGGAGAUUCCACGUAUUCCAUCAUUUCCCACCCGGGUGUUUGCCACAUGAUCUAGUCCUAGCUCUUGCAUUAGGGAUUUCACCCUGGAAGUUAAUUCCGAUGGUGGGAGUUUCAGCCUCAAUUUUGCACUAAACAAAAGUGUUUCCUCCACAGUAAGGAGUGGGAAGAGCAUGUCCUUUUGAGUAACAUACCCUGAAAUCUUGUUAAAGUUGGCCGUUUCAAUGGCAUUGCUGUUUAUGAGAAUUGAGCCAGAAUGUGGGGUGAGCUUUCCUGCUAGUAUUUCAAGCAAUGAUGAUUUCCCGGCGCCACUGGGACCCACGAUAGCGAGGAUUUCCCAUGGCUUUGCUCUGCAAGUCACCUGAUUAAGCACUGUUCUCAUCCCAGAAGAAGAUGGUGUUGUUUGAUUACCAAGUUGAUCAUCCUUUCUCUUGAAGAUGCUGAAUGGGUUUUCAUUGUUAUGGCUGUAGAUUUUGUAGGUAAUGCCUACUGCUUCAAUCUCACACCCUUUUUUCUUCAUUGAGCUCUCUGUCUCUUUCUCUCUCUUUGUCUCUGUGUGUGUGUCUGUGUGUGUUUUGUAUAGAUGCUACUGUGUUUUUCUGUAGUCUAAAUUUGUUUCUUCAGUGUUGUAGUAGAAAGUGAGGGUGUUGAUUACUUUGGCUGGUAAACACAGGUGCACAUUAUCUGAUACUUAUACACCAAGUCCUCUUCUCGUAUCUAAUUUACCAUUUAAGUCGAUGUUUUAAAGCUUUGAGUUGCGUUUGUAAAAUGGUCAUUUUGGUAACAGUUUAAAAUACCAGGUGUGCCAUAACAGUUAUGGACUUAUGGUGUGGGCAAGGCGAAAAAUAAUGUUGUUGAAGAAGGUAGUGAACUAGUGAUUAAUUUGUUUUGGAUGUAAUGUACAAGAAGCUGAAAUAGUGAGUAGUCUUGUGACUAAUAUUUGGGGUUCACGUGCUCUGUUACUACUUACAAUUACUUCCGUCUGUGGACUGUGGGUGAAUUUGGAGGUUGGCAAUCUUGGCAUGAGCAAAUUGUAUGGUUCACAUGCUAAACUUAAGUUUGUUCAUGACAUUUUAUACAAGUAGUUUUUUUGUUUCUUUGUGAUAUUUAAUUUGAACAAAUUGUGAUUUGUUUACAAAUAUAAUCCCCAAACUAGCAUUAGGCAAUAGGCAUUCACGGGUGUCACAAUAAUAUUUUGUGUUAUAUUAUGCGAGUAUUAUAUUUCAAAUAAAAGGUUGUGUUUUAUGCUUUA